UCACAGGUUUUUCUGUUUGAACUCAAACUGAACCUGUGGACUGUGACCCUCAACUCUCCUCAUGAUGGGAGCUUCCCAGACCUGCCUUUGUGAUCUACAAGAUCCACCAACAGAAUGACCUUCACAUGUGACCAGUGUGGAAAGGUGUGUCCAAAUGCUUCCGGACUGAAAAGACACUACAGAACUCACACAGGAGAAAGACCGUACAGCGGUGACCAGUGUGGGAUGGAAUUUAUACAAUCUACUACCUUCCAUAACCAUGAGAGAAUCCACACAGGGGAGAAAUCACACACAUGUGAUGUGUGUGAGAAGACUUUUUCACUGUCAUGUACCCUCAUAUCACACAUGAGAGUCCACACAGGAGAGAGACCAUACAGCUGUGACCAGUGUGGGAAGGAAUUCAGACAAUCUGGUCAUCUCCAUCGACACAUGAGAAUCCACACCGGGGAAAAAUCAUACAGAUGUGAUGUUUGUGAAAAGACUUUUUCUCUGUCCUGCACUCUAGUGUCACAUAUGAGAAUCCACACUGGAGAAAAACCAUACAGCUGUGACCAGUGUGGGAAGGAAUUUCGACAAGCUGGUCAUCUCCUUCGACAUAUGAAAAUCCACACUGGGGAAAAAUCAUACAGAUGUGACGUUUGUGAGAAGACUUUUUCACAGUCAAGCCACCUAGAAUCACAUCUGAGAAUCCACACAGGAGAGAGACCAUACAAGUGUGACCAGUGUGGGAUGGAAUUUAGACAAUCUGGUGACCUCCAUCAGCACAUGAGAAUCCACACAGGAGAGAAACCAUAUGAAUGUGACCAGUGUGGGAAGACAUUUAGACAAUCUGGUGACCUCCAUCAGCACAUGAGAAUCCACACAGGAGAGAAACCAUACACUUGUGAUGUUUGUGAGAAGACAUUUUCAGUAUCAAACAUCUUAGUGUCACAUAUGAGAGUCCACACAGGAGAGAGACCAUACAGCUGUGACCAGUGUGGGAAGAAAUUUAGACAAUCUGGUCAUCUCCAUCGACAUAUGAGAAUCCACACUGGAGAAAAAUCAUACAGAUGUGAUGUUUGUGAAAAGACUUUUUCACUCUCAAGCCACCUAGUGUCACAUAUGAGAAUUCACACUGGAGAGAGACCAUACAAGUGUGACCAGUGUGGGAAAGCUUUCUCUACAUCACUGAAAAUACACUACAGAACUCACACAGGAGAAAGACCGUACAGCUGUGACCAGUGUGGGAAGGGAUUUAGACGCUCCGGUCAUCUCCAUCAACAUAUGACAAUCCACACAGUGGAAAAAUCAUACAAAUGUGAUGUUUGUGAGAAGACUUUUUCACAGUCAGGCAAUCUAGAAUCACAUAUGAGAGUCCACACAGGAGAAAGACCGUACAGCUGUGACCAGUGUGGGAAGGAAUUUAGGCAAUCCAGUACCCUCCGUAACCACAUGAGAAUCCACACAGGGGAAAAAUCAUACAAAUGUGAUGUUUGUGGGAAGACUUUUUCACAGUCGGGCAAUCUAGAUGCACAUAUGAGAGUUCACACUGGAGAGAAACCGUACAAAUGUGAUGUUUGUGACAAGACAUUUUCACGGUCAAGCACGUUAGAAUACCACAUGAGAAUCCACACAGGAGAGAAACCAUACACAUGUCAUGUGUGUGAGAAGACUUUUUCACGGUCAAACAACCUCGUAUCACAUAUGAGAAUCCACACAGGAGAAAAACCGUACAGCUGUGACCAGUGUGGGAAGGAAUUUAUACAAGCUGGUCAUCUCUAUAACCAUUUGAAAAUCCACACAGGAGAAAAAUCAUACAGAUGUAAUGUUUGUGAAAAGGCAUUUACACAGUCAAAGACCCUAGUGUCACAUAUGAGAGUUCACACUGGAGAGAGGCCAUACAAGUGUGACCAGUGUGGGAAAGCUUUCUCUUCAUCGUCCAAUCUCAAUACACACAUGAAAACUCACUCCUGGCUGAUCGUGUACGAGUGUGACCAGUGUGAAGAGGCUUUUAGAACAUCCCAGGAGCUCUCCAGUCACUACAGAACGCACACAGGAGACGAACCAGACGACUGUGAAGAAAAAGGCGAGGAACUGUCUGAAACAUGUCCAAAUGUUCCAGACUGAAGAGAAAAGCAGCAGCUCUGACCAGUGUGGUACAACUUUGAGACAAGCUGCUGAUCUGAAGCUGCACCAUCUUGAACACACUAAAAUCAGGCUUCAGACUCCACCCUGUGGAAGUGAGCUCUGUGUGGUGUGAAAAAUUUAAAGCUUAAAAUUAUAAGUAAAUAUUGUAAGAUAUUUUUAUUACAAAGAAAUUUUAGCUGAAAGUUGUCCAUCUUAUUCUGUAUUGUUUUUAACUUGGAGCUUUUAGUCCUGCUUCACUGCAGUUCCCUAAUCAGAAACCUGAAACUGCAUUUUGUCUUUUUAUUCUGUUUUGACUCUUGUUUGCAAACCACAACAGAUGUUUAUUGUUUUCAUGGCUGCUGUGUAUAAAUAGCAUUUUAUCAGUCAAGAUGCAAUUUGUAAAGAAAAGUUGAAAAACAUGUUGAAAUACAUGCAUCAUGAAUUUCAGAUUUCUGGUCAUUUUGCAAAAUUUACUGAAAAAGUGAGCAUCAAACUUUGUCAAAGUCGAUCUUUUCAAGUCUUUUGAACCAUAUCACUUUUGUUUCUGGUUUUGAUAUUGUCAUAUUUUAGUUUUGGGAUUCGGACGUCGUAAUUGUGUGGUUGUUGUUUGUUCUAACAGCGGAAAACGACUCGAGGAAUUUGUUUGUGAACAACAUAAAUACAAAAGUGAAUCAGA